UGUCCUCUCUGGGCUCCCAUAGACAUUCCUCCACUGUCAGUGUGUGUGUGUGUGUGUGUGUGUGUGUGUGUGUGAACGGUGACAGCAGACACAAUCCUCCAGCUCCAAGUGUUACAACUAUGGAAGAGAUUAACACCAUAGAAGUCACUCCGUGCACAGAGUCCGACUACCUGAAGCCUCUCAGGGUGCACUACAACCAGAAUGGCACAAAGAAAUCCUGGGACUUCAUGCGAACCCAUGAUAGUGUAUCAGUGCUGAUCUUCAACACCAGCUCACACUGUUUUGUCCUCGUCAAGCAGUUCCGUCCAGCGGUAUACAUGUGUGAGUGGGAAAGGACCAAGACGCAGCCGCCUCAGUCUGCCGAAAAAAGCGAGGAGGGCGCCUCCGAAGCCGCCGCCCCCGCCCCCGAGCCUCAGGAGGGCCAGUCGGCCUCGGAGGGGGAGAGCUCUUCUCAGUGGCCCCCGGCCUCAGCGGGGGUCACCUACGAGCUCUGCGCUGGGCUGGUGGACAAACCCAACCUGUCUCUGGAGGAGAUCGCCCGGCAGGAGAUCCUGGAGGAGUGUGGCUUCGAUGUGCCCGCCUCUAAACUGAAGAGGAUCACUUCCUACAGGGCAGGCGUAGGUGUAACAGGUGCCAAGCAGACCAUGUUUUACGCCGAGGUGUCCGACGACAACUGCGUGAGCGCAGGUGGAGGUGAGCCACGGGAGGGAGAGCUUAUCGAGGUGGUCAAAGUCCCGCUGCACGAGGCCAUGACGUUUGCCUACGACGAGCGUAUACCCAAAACCAUGGGCGUCAUUUUUAGUUUCAUCUGGUUCCAUAAUAACAUGUCUCCCAAGUACAAGAUCUCCACCAAUGUGUAACUAGUAUUAACCAGCCCUCUUUAUACCGUUUAUUCCAAAUUAAAUCAAACACUGGCCCAGCACAUCCACUCUUCCCCUCAUGGCUCUUCAUCCUGUAUUGCCUUUUUGCUUAUUGGUACAUGAUGAAAGGUGGGCCCCUUGUCUUGUUGCCAACAGGUAUCUUUACGUUUUGUCCUGUUUACCUUUUUUGAGUUUCAUGUGGUCUUAAUAUUUUUCCUAAAAACAAAUUUGCCAUAGCUGGUGGUCACUGGCACAUUUCUCUCUUCUUGAAGAAUUUUUUUUUUUUUUAGUCUGUUAAUAAUUUCAUUUACUGUGCCAUCUGUUAUAAAUGGCUGCAUAUCACUGAUUUCAUUUGCCUGCCCUUGAUUAAAGGAAUACUCCACUGCU